GAUGUAGUUAACAUUUGGUUAUAUUAAAAGAAAAAACAAAUAAAGUUGUGCGUUUAAGUGAAAAGCGUUAAUAAAAUGUCAACAAGCCAGUGGGUGCUAAUAGGAAUUUGCCCCAUAUUUUUUGAAAGUGCACUAAGUCAAUAAUAACAACGAGUCACGAAUAAGUACAACCAAACUACGAAUCAACAAAAAAUAAAAUCCAAACGAAGUGUGUAUCAAAAACCGAUUUAUUUUUAAAUAAUUAUUUAACAUUUUGUCUACAAUGUACCCCCCUCUGGUACAAAUAACGGUGAAGCCAAACAUUGGCUUUUAUCUCGCCAUUUUAGUGGCUUUCUUGAAUGUAGCGGAAUAUGGCGCCGCGAUCAGUAAUGGCGACCUGCCCAAAACCGCUAACACAUCGUUGCCCGCAAUGAUGUCCAGCCAUAGUACCAUCAAUCUCCAGCUACCCGAGUCGCAAGCUGGUGAAAUGGUGACGAACAAGGUGACGGCAUCACAGUGGAGCCCGCGAAACUCGGUGCGACUAAGAGAUGUGCUGAGCAUUUUCGAUAUAUCCAGCGUGGCGGAGCAUUGGAGCAAUAUCCAGAAGGCCAUUGGUAACAAUUGCUCCCAGGACUUGGAACUUUACAUGCGCGGAUUGAAUGCAGCCGAUAUCUGGGCGGUGAAAAUGGAUGAUGCUUCCGGUCAUUAUACAUCUGGCUUUUUCUAUGGAAACAACUAUUGGCUGGGAUCUCUAUCGUUAUGUGAAUCUAUUUACCACGAAGAUGAUAUUGACAGCUCAAAUGCAAGAUCUGCGAAAAACUCUGGCCUUCCGUUCGCCAAAGCACAUACGCAGCUCUACACAACGGUCUACAAUGAAAAUCCACCCUUUAUGCCCGGGUUCUUUGUUAUAAAGCUUUUCUUGAACGAUACGUUUCCAGCGCCUAUGACUCGAACCAUCUACGUUGGCGUUUGUUUACCUUCUAGCUGUUCAACCAAAGAAGUUAAUAUUUUAGCAGAAUCUACACAAACACCCUCGGCAACACGGACGGUUAACAUUUUGGAUGUGCGCAUGCCCACCAACGGGAAGUUCAACUUGUACGACGAUCGAACAUUUUGGAUUCUAAUAAUUGUCACAUCUUUCGUUUUCACACUUAUAACUGCCGGCACAUUAUACGAAAUAUACUUGACCCGUCGCUUGAAAGCAGCACUUCGUCGUCAGGAUAAAGAAAUGAUGAAUAACAGUGAAACCUCGUCUGGCAUUGGCUGUCCUUCUUCUGAUUAUAGUGAUUCCUUGGCACAUGAAUCGCUUAAAAAAGAGUCCAUCAAGGAAUCCCUUAACGAACUCAAUAUAGUACUGAACAUGCCACAUGAGAUAAGUGGCGGUCCUGCGAGUAGCAACAGCACUUCAGAUGAACAUCUGGAAGGUCAUCUGCACGAACCGGAAAAACUAGGUGUUUACUCCGAAUUAUUAUUAUCAUUCUCAGCGAUUACGAAUUUCAAUGCGAUCUGUGAUCGAAACGUCGGUGCAGACACCAUUCCGUCUAUACAUGGAUUACGUGCAUUUUCGAUGGCAUGGGUGAUAUUAGGUCACACUUGCAUAGUGGUCUUCAAAUACUCCGACAAUAUGGAGUUGCGCAAGGAAGUGGAGAAAAAUUUCUUCUUUCAAGCCAUCACCAACGGACCAUUCAGCGUGGAUACAUUCUUCUUUAUCAGUGGUUUCUUGGUUUCAUAUUUGUACUUCCGCACGAACGCCAAAGGAAAACUAAAUAAACUCACGAAAGGAACGAGUGAGCUGGCAGCUGGUACUGCACACUUUUUUGGAUUGGUCGCAUAUCGUUUCAUGAGGUUAACAGCUCCGUACAUGUUUGUGCUCGGCGUGGUGCAAGUAUCCAUGAAAUAUUUGGCAGCCUACUCAAUAUUCGACCCUCCGACUAUGGAUCACGAAACCUGUCCGCAAUAUUGGUGGCGUAACUUGCUGUACAUCAACACAUUCUUUCCAGUGGAUCAAAUGUGUAUGCUAUGGAGUUGGUAUCUGGCGAAUGACACACAGUUUUAUAUAAUCGGUGCUAUCAUACUGAUUAUUGGCGUGCGACAUUUUAAGUUAUCGGCAUUCACCACACUAUUUUUCUUAGUAUCGUCAUGGAUUACCACAGCAGUCAUAGCAUUUACAAACAACCAUCGUCCAGAUACUGAUGAUCCGCUAGCGCUCUUCGAUAAAAUUUACGACAAACCCUGGACACGUCUUGGUCCCUACCUUAUUGGUAUGGCUGUUGGCUGGAUAUUAUUCCGCACCAACUGUAAAAUCCGUUUACCACGUCUAACAGUAGCCACUCUCUGGGUAUUGGCCAUGCUCAACUUGUUUGUUCUCGUGUUCGGCUUGUAUCGUGCCGAAUUAUCACAGUUUAUGGCAGCCGCGUACAGCUCACUCAGUCACUCAGCCUGGGCUCUAUCACUGGCAUGGAUCACGAUUGCUUGUUCCACAGGUUAUGGUGGAUACAUAAAUACAUUGCUUUCAGCUCCUUGCCUGUAUCCCUUCUCGCGGGUCACUUAUUGCGCAUAUCUCGUGCAUCCGAUUGUCAUACGUUCCAUGGCUUUGAACACCGAUGCGCCCCUCCAUCUGGGCGGUGACACAAUGGUGAUAUUGUUCUUCGGACUCGUGGUGGCCUCGUAUCUCUUAUCGUUUGUAGUGUCGAUGUCAUUCGAAGCGCCCGUCGUCACCAUGUUGAAAAUCCUGUCUCCUAGUCGAAAAAAGCGUAUCGCUUAGUUUAAGUAAUUUAAUAUAAUAUUUGUAUAUGUUAACAUAUACAUGUACAUAUGUAUGUAUUUAAUUACUUUUUCAUUUACAUUUUAAUCUUGUUCCUUAAGUUUGUAAUCAAUCAACAUGCACAACUUCAUUUAAAACAUUUACUGAUAUACAUAUACCACAUAGCACACUGACAUACUGCAAGGAAUUUCACUAGUUCGAAACUGGUUCAGUUCUGUUCCAUCCAGCACGAUUAUGCUUUGCUGUAAGAGCAACUGACAACAGCGCUAAUAUCAUAGCCAAUCUAUGGCACCGAACGAUUAAGAAAUGCUCAAAAGUACGUCAGCUGGCGGAUUUCGUUACCGUUACAGUUUACCAGAAACGAAGUAGACUUUAGAAGUUUUGUAUUUACGGCCCACGCAUUUUAGAUCUCUUCUUUAAGGCGCACUCGGUACAAUCUUUUGCAAAUAGUUCGCGCCUGCAUACAAGAAAGCCAUGACAUUUUCAGAACUCUACAAGAGGCCAGUACGAGUUUGGCGAGAUUGCUUCAGUGCCUGAACUAGUGACAUAUCUGCGGGUUCGCACUUCCCUGGAGUAUAUACUUCAUACCUAGAUGUACAUAUCUAUGUAUAAAAGGUGCAAAAUCAAUUUUAACUAUUUAUCCACACACAUAAGUAUUUACAUACAUAUGUAUGUAUAUUUGUGUAUAUCAUGAAACAUUUUCCAUCAUCAUAUAUGACAUCGGAUCGCGCUUUGAGGUGCAAGCGAUGAAAACAUUGAUUUUGGAUUCAGUCUAAACUUCCAAGCAUUAACUUUUUAUUUGCAAUGUCAUUAACGAACAUACUAUGUACAUACAUACAUACAUAUUUAUUCCAAAGCUAACGAACGCACUCAUGCUGUGAAUCGCCGAAAUUGCAAUGAGUAAGCGAUUAAUCGUUUCGAAAUAAAACCCUUUAAACAUCCGCUCAUUCUCAUUUAGAUUAGUAGCAUAAAAGUUAUAUAGUGAUUGUGUAUAUGUACAUCUAAUAUAAAUGGGUACAUGUGCAUACACAUAAACAUACUUAAAAACAAAUAGUAUGUAUAUG